AUGUGCAACCACGGGAAGCGAGAGGAGUCGGAGACGACGACGAAGCAACAGAAGGUGAAGAGUGUUAAGAAGAAGAUGACGUUGAUGAAGUUCCAGGACCUUCCGCAGUACAUGAAGGACAACGAGUUCAUAUUGGACUAUUACAGGUGCGAGUGGCCAUUGAACGACGUCGUCUUCAGCGUCUUCACCUGGCACAACGAAACCCUCAACAUCUGGACGCAUUUGGUGGGGUUCUUGAUAUUCGUGGGACUAACGGUGAUGAGCUUGAGGGACGACACGGAGCUCGGAGGUCUGCUCGGCAAUUUCUCCAGGGCUUCGGUUUCUGGACCGUUGAUGAUGAUGACCAUGAUGAAGAUGACGGACCUUAACGUCUCCUCUACUCAGAAUGUACAGUUUCCUCCUCCGGAUUCACAUUUGAGGCAAAUUUCACAGGCAUCAUCAAUAAUUCAUGCAAACAAGGAAGAUGGUUAUGAUGCUAUUCCAAGAUGGCCUUGGUUUGUGUUCUUAAGUGGGGCUAUGGGGUGCUUAGUUUGCAGCUCCCUCUCCCACCUCCUUGCUUGUCACUCCAAACGCUUCAAUUUUUUCUUCUGGCGCCUAGACUAUGCCGGGAUUUCGCUUAUGAUAGUCUGUUCCUUCUUUGCUCCCAUUUACUAUUGCUUCUCCUGCAAUCCAUACUCUCGGUUUUUCUAUCUUUCUUCAAUAUCUGUGCUUGGAAUCCUUGCCAUCAUUACCCUUCUUUCGCCUAGUCUCUCUGCACCCCGUUUCCGGUCAUUCAGGGCUACCCUUUUUCUCUCCAUGGGCUUCUCCGGGGUGAUUCCGGUAGUUCAUGCCCUAGUUCUCUACUGGGGCAACCAACAUAUAUUUGUUGCUUUGGGAUAUGAGCUUGCUAUGGCUAUUUUUUAUGCUUCAGGAGCUGCAUUCUACGUUAGUCGGAUACCAGAACGCUGGAAGCCUGGUAAAUUUGAUCUUGCAGGGCACAGCCAUCAGAUCUUCCAUGUCUUUGUUGUCCUCGGCGCACUUGCACACAGCGCUGCCACACUGGUUGUUAUGGAUUUUCGCCGGGGAUCACCAACCUGUGGAUAUUAG